AUGUCUGAUUUGAUUAAUCGCAAGCGUUCCUUUGAAGAAGCCGACUCUGACUAUGAGCCAUCUGGUCUAGAUGCACACGGAGAGAAAAGACCACAGGAAAAUGAUUAUGAGACAAACAAGCGCCGCAGAGUAAGGCAUCAUAGCAACUUACCGCCGGAAAUCGAAACCUUGAAAGAGAUAUGUGGUGGAAUUUCGAGACUCGGCGAGCACAAGUCUCUUUUAUCGUCGGAUCUUGUCUUUUUAAGCAGGGAUAUUGCCAAUUGGAUAGGAGAAGGUGAUUUCAAGCAGAACUUCCUCAGCUUUAUAUAUGCAAACGUGGUUGAGCAGCCUGAGAGAAUGCAGAUCGUGUCCCUAUUGGUGCGUUGCUGCAAUGUUAGAAAUGCUGAUAUAGGAGAGGCGGUCGUCAGUCACUUUUCUGGAAAGAUUGAAGAAACGUUGACCAAAAUUCAAAAUGGACAGUUGACAGCGGCAAGACACAAUGGUGAUGACAAUGAACCCGGAGAGGUGACGAGAUUGAAGCUUGAAUCGCGUUUCUUGGCACUGUUGGCACCAAUUUUGACGAGCAUCGAUCCUGUUCUCGAAUUGUUUUAUAAACUUAUCUCCACAUCCAUUUCUCUUCAGGAGCAAAAGACUUCCUAUUCUGGACUGGCCGAAGAAUUAUACGUUUCGUUCAUGCUCUCUGUUCCAUAUCUAGUAUAUGCAACCGAUCGUGUGGAAGAGACCAAGCAGAAAUGCUCGAAAGUGGUCGAGGAAGGCUCAAAGUUCGAAAUUAAGCAUUCUACGUAUCCAGAGAAGUUCGCCUUGUGCUUCCAUUCGGAAGAUAAGAACUUACUCCCGUACGAACCUACCCGGAUUGCUUCAUUGGUGGUAGACUCAGUCAAGGAUCUAGAUAUCAGUGUUUUCGCGGAUUAUCAUGCCGAAACCGAGGAGACUUUGGAAAGAGUUCAAAAUGACGAUAAAGCGAAGAAUAAUGAAAGUAACGAGUCUGCAGACGGGGAUGUGGAGAUGAAGAAGGAGGAUAUAGUUGAGAAGAAGCACGAGAUUCGCUCGUUUGAAGUUCCGUCUGCCGAUGAAUUCGCCAAAAUCGAACUUUCUGGAACGGUCGACAGUCUCUGGAAGUAUCCAAGGUUUUUCAACGAGGUUUUCACGCAAGGUGAUUCUUCCUUUGCUACAAUCCCACCUAAAAACUCAUACGUGAGAUUGCUCUUGCAGGAUGUUAUCCAGGACGAGGUGCAAAACAUGGAAUUCAACCGGAUCACAGUCUCUCGGCAUUUGAUGGGAAUUCUUGGAUUCAUUAACGACAAACUGUUCGCCAAGCUUAACUCGUCAGAUGACAAGCUCACAAUCGUGAACGACAUGUUGAAUGGUGUCGAUCUUGUGGAAAACUUGGAGAGCAACCCGGAAAUCCCGGAUAAUAUGAAGGAGAAGAUGUUGGCAUCCGCCAAAAAGAUACAAGUGGAAUUUGAGGAAGGAUACAAGUCAACAUGGAAGAUCGAGCAGGUUGUUACAGAGGCAGUUGCGGAUUUGAUGCUUCAUGUUCCAUCAACCACUCUUCCAGCGGUCUAUUACCAGAAUUUGCUUGCCGAUACAUGCGGAAGAGAUUGGGCAUUGAUGAAGAAGAGUGAGGAUUCGGCCGAGAAGGUUGCAUUUGCAAAAACUGUGGCCUCAGCAAUUGACUUCUUCUACAGAAAUGGCAAGACACUUGAUUACGAUGCAAGAAGACGCUUUAUAUACUGGAUGGCAGUCCAGUUGGGCAGCUUCAACUUCGAAUGGAAGUGGACCGAAUGGCUAGACGAGUUUUUGAAGUUGGGCGAGUCAACUUAUCAUCCAACUGUGUAUAUGCUCCACAAUAUUGUGGGCAAGGAGGUUCGUUUGAGUACUCCUUCGUUUAUUAGGAGCACACUUCCAAAACAGCUGCAUCAGUUCACGGAUCUUUCUCUUUUGGACCAGGAUCAGGUUUUGCAGUUUGACACGUUGUUGUUUGGAGAUGCUCUAGCCAAACAGUGUAAGGAGGCCAAUGCGGAAUUACUGAAGUCUGAUUUUGAGGAUGCAAAGCCAAGUGAUGAGGCUGCAAGUGGAAAUGCAGAAACUUUCCACUUGCUCAACCAGUAUCUAUUUAACAACGAAGACCACAUUUUCCACGAGAUAUGCCACAGUAUCUACACAAACAUGCAGGAGGGUGAGUCCUUGCAAAGCUUUAAUGAUCUCAUUGCUGAACUCACGAGCCAGAUUAAGGAGGCAGACGAGUCCGAGCAACCAAAAUGUGGCAUUGCGAGGUAUAUUGUAGUGCUUGUUACGCAGUCUGUGUGCGUUAUUGGGUCAAGAUCGCUUUCUGUGAUAGACGGAGGAGCAUUAGAGUUGUGUGGGGACAAAAUACGCAAAGUGCUAAGACUUGAAUUGAAGGAUAAGGACACAGAUGCCGAAGAUAUUGACAACGACCAAUUUUCCGACGUUUCAGACACUCAACAGAGGCAGAAGUGGGUGAUCGAGGCAGUUCUUCGUCUCUGGAACAGAGAGCCAAGAAUUGGGUACUUGGUCUUGGAGAAAAUGCGCAAUAAGGAGUUGGUCACAAGCUCACAAAUCGUGGAAUCACUAUUCACUGCCCAUGGCACAAAGAUUCCAGCUUUGACCGAAUUAUACGCGGAUGAACUUUUGGACAGGCUUCUUCUUCAGAGAAACCUGGGUGAGAGUGAGGAUGAUGAAGCAGAGGAGGACCACAAUGAUCAGAAAUGGACCUGCUUUGCCAAAUCGUGCUUGAAGACUCUCAAUACACUCAUUUCUGAUUAUAAGGAUGAGGCAGAAGAAAAAGGAACAAUCGACAUCAAAUCAAGCGAAAAACUUGCAUGUGAGGAUGCUACGGUUACUAAGAAGAGUACAGAUCUUCUCUGGGCUAUCGAUGGGCUCCUUCAACUAGUCGAGAGCAAGUUGAAGAAAGACGAAAGUAGAAAAGAGAAGCUGGAAAUUUUCAAAGAUGCAUUGUCUGAAGUCGAGGAUACAGAUAUCCAGGAGCAGGUGAGAAAGCUUCUUGCAGAGUUUGACGAGUACUGA